GGUGUGUUUAGUGUAUGAUACAUGGUUAGUGAGUGUGUUACGUAUAGCGAGACAGAGAGAGAGAUAAAUAAUACAGUACACGUCUGCGUACGUACGUUUGUUGAUGCAGUCCUAUUGUUGAUUCCGUAUUGUGUUUGCUGCAAGUUGGAUCUCGUAACUUCUUGAUCGUUGAUAAAGGGAAUGCAGUGUCAGAUUGAUCUUUACUCAUGAGGAAAUACUAUUGGAAUACAUCUCAAAACCAAGUUAGGCCUAAUUAUUAAUUGUAAUCACUUUCUGAGUUUAGAUCUAUAUUGAUUGACUACAAUGAGUGGCUUUCUCUCUCCGUUUGUCCCUCCAUGGCCGAUUUCAGGAUUGCGGCUUGCAAUUACCGUACCUGGCCUGUACUGUGUCGGUGUGUGCGACCGAUUCAAGGCUAGCUGAUGAGUGAAUGUACUUUCGCGCGAAGUUUUAAACUUGUUGUCCAGGCAAUGACAUGCCCAUUCCCAUGGGCCUGUCUAAUUAUGAAAGUAAUUUCGCGACAUGAAAUUGAUUAUUUCAAGGCUCUUACGGACGGAUUGGCGUAGAAGAAAGAGACUACUUUAGAGAUGGAUAUCUCCUAUUUUAUGGAACUUCUCGAGUUGGCAGAUGGGAACUGCUAAUCCUUGACAUUCCAAGCUGUGUAAAUGCAGCACUUCUCUCACAAAAAUCUUAGCCCAAAUUAGUGAUGGAGUUUGGUGGGUUUGAUGAUGAUCUCUUCACAAAGACCGAGAAAAAGCCAAAGAAAGCUGCCAUAGUUGACUACAAGCCCAAAACCCUUCUACCACAGUGGUACACAAAAGACCAGGCCAUGCCAACAGAUGAUCCAGAUAAGGUCCAUUUCUACAUCUUCCGUGGCAAUCGGCAUUACUACCGAGGGAACUGGUCGGACGCGUUGGAUGCCUACACUAGAGCAAUGGACAGCGUUGCCCCUAACAACACCAGCAUCAGACGGUUGCUCCUAGAAUCCCUGGCGAGAUGCAGAUGGAGAUCAGGGGAUGCUCAUGGAGCAGUUGAGAUGGGCAAGAAAUUGGUUGAAGAAUCGACGAACGAUCAUCAGCUGUUUGGUGCGCAUAGUGUGCUGGCCAUGUUUUAUGAUGCUGCGGGAAAUACAGAAGAUCAUACAAACAGCCUCACGCUCUGUCUGGACAUACGACCUUUGAGCGUGCAGCACUGGAUCCAGCUAGCCAAAAUAUAUAUUAAAAAACUCCCAUCAAAAGACUGCAGAAAUAUAUCAAAAUCUCAUGCAGUUGAGAAUGAUUCAGGAGCAAAAAGGCACAUAGGACAAUACAGUGUUGACCAAUCUCCUGUCUCGGGUAAUAGUCAUUGUGCCACCCAAAGGAUCAGUAAUGGUUAUUCUGCAAAUGUGGAGUCACGCCCUUCUGCCGCUAAAGAUUCUACUGCACGUUAUGGCAAUACAUGUACUAGGAGAGGGCUGGAUGCGCACAAGGACGUGAACACUGAGCAUAGUAUAUGCAAGGAUGAACGCAUUCUUAAUAAGUCGCAAGACAGGAGUUGUCUUUCUCAUAGUGGCAAUGUCAAUGGUGAUGCAUGUGAAAUCAGGCAAUUGAAUCACAGUUCAUCAUCGAUGUCAUCCCCACUAUCAUCGUCAGGGUCAUCGUCAGGGUCAUCGUCAGGGUCAUCGUCAGGGUCAUCGUCAGGGUCGUCGUCAGGGUCAUCGUCAGGGUCGUCGUCAGGGUCUGUGCUGGAAGACAGCCUAACGGCAACAGGGAAUGUCCCAAGACGAUCUCCAGCAUCAUCAGUUCCAAAAAUAGAUAAACUGGAAAGAUUGUCUCUAAAUGGCGAAGGCACUACUGUGGCAAAGGACUUACAACCUAAUGGACUAGAGGAGAUCAUUAGUGGUGGGGGAGAUGUAGAAGGAGAAGCUGACUUUGUUCUGGAAUCUGUUAAAUGCCUUCUAAAAGCUCAGGUUAUCUUGAAGAGUCUUCAAAUCUGUGCUGUUUCAAUGACGAAGAUGAGGAAUGCUCAACUGCUAGCAGAGAUUGAUGAACUGCUGUCUUCCUUGCACCUUGAUCCAGCCUUUGUUCAGGAUAUGAGCAAGAAAAUGUACAAUGAAGUAUAUGAGAAAGACGUCAAAGAAAAAGCAGCCAGCAGUUGAUUAUCACUAAUUCAGUCACAAUGUCACAAAUCUUAAGGUAAUGUUGAGUUGUGGUAAUAUAAUGGAAGAAACCAGCUUUUAAUUAAUUCUGAUGUGGUUAUUUAUCAUGUAGUCGAUGGGUUGUUUGGAAUAGCAAAUGUAACAAGCUACAAGAAAAUGUACACUAAUUACUGAACAGCACAACCCAAUAGGUAGUCUAUCUUUGGUUCUGUAAUAAAGAAUAUGCUGUUCCUGUAUAGCGCAUAUCACAUUAUAACAGUUCUGUGCUUCCAAAGGACUUUGCAUAUUCCUGGCCUUAAUAGCUCUGUGUGCACCGUUUCAUAUCGUUCUUCAUACUCCUUAUCCGUAAGCCAGGUUGAAUUUAUACAUUCUAGCGGUAGACAAGUAAUAUUUUAAGUAAAUGGUACAUUUUAAUAAAUACAGCUGUAUUAUUCUGUUUAGAUAUAAAUAAAUGUAUUGUAAUGGAGAGAUGAAGAGCAUCCCUUUGUAUUUCUAACUUUAUUGGGAGGUGGGCUUAGAGUUCGGAUGAAGAAUUGAUUACAAUUAGCUCAAAAUAUGAGAGUGCAUUGGAUGCAAAGUAGAGUGGAGGUCUAAAUAUCUUAAAAUAAAAUAAAAUAAGAUUGGGUUUGAGGAAUAGAGAACAUGAGGAAGAAAAAAGCCAAAAUAAAGAUGGGGGUGAGGAGCACAGUAGAGAAUAAUGAGAGGGGGAUAGAGAGGUAGAGUUAAGAAUUGGACAGGUGAUUUUUACUGAGUGCCGCAAGACAUUUCUAGGGGUUCCAGAGAGAAAUUUAGUUAUAUUACAAAUUUAUAUACGAUUAACAUCCAUUUUGUUAAAACAAAAUCUUAGAAGCAGCUAUGUAUUUGAGUGAGGAAGU